CUGUUAUAUUUUACAUUCAAAGAUGUUGUGGCAUUAAUACGUUGCUCUUUCUAUUGUAAUUAAUUGUUUAACAAUGUUUCUUUUAUUAUUUGACACUGGAUGAUAAUAGUCACACUGAUGCUUCGUGUUUUCAUUGUAAGUGUUCUGCUAAAACUAUGCUUAAACGACUAUGGCCUGGGGAAAGAAACCAUGAAGAUAUUGUUGUUAUUUACAUAUUAGUCGUGCGUUCUUAUUGACUUUUAUUCCUCAAAUUCCGAAUCAUCUUUUUACUGCGAUUAACCCUUUCGUGGCCAUAUUUCUUACAAAAUACACGCCAUGUGUUUUAAUUGGAUUUUGUUGUUUUAAUUAAUGAAGAUAUUUUUUCAUUAAGGUUUUAUUUUAUUAAAAAUAAAUAACUUCUCUUGUUGUAGGUGAGUAUUCGGGAAUGUUACAACAGAAUUAUUUUGCGUUCAAAUGUGGAUGUAAAUAAAUAAUUUACAAAGCUGACCGGUCGGUCGGUCGUACAGGUUGUCUUGUAACUUUAUAUAUCAAACUACUGAGGAUUCCUGUUGCGAAUGGAAGAUAUAAAUCGAAGACUUGCAAGAGACAUCAUGAAAUGUACAACGAAAUUAUGAAGUAAUUAUUGCAUUUAAUAAUCUGACACUUUACCAGAUUAGAUGAGCCACGGUGGCUUACAGUCGGAAUGGAAGUUAUUUUAUUUUGUAAAUAUUAUAACCAUUCAUGGAAACAACUGAUUCGCUGACGACAAAGUUAAAUUGGAUGAAUUUACACCAACUAAAUAUGGAGGGACGCUUUGCCUAAAAGAUUUGUUUCAAGAUAUAAUCUAUAUAUGAAGAACAUCAGAGGUUAGAUUUCUGAUAAGCAUGCAGUAAAGGCAUGCUUUUAAAAAUAUACUCUUUUAUAGAAACACAAACAGCCAAGUGAGGAGAAAUACUCAGAAUGAUGAGGUAAAGACUGUUUUUGGUUCAGGCUAUAACAUAUAUAAAAAAAUGAAAUUUAACAAAGAAAUUGGUUUUUCAAAUGACCGAAAUAACUGUGAAAUUAUUUCAAGUGAUGACGAAAAUGCUCCCAAGGAUGAGAUACGAUUCCAAUGUAAACUAUGUGGGAAAUAUUUCUCGACAAAUUUGGCUUUAUCUGUACACAUUGAGAUACACACAAAAAGGACACCAUUAAUGGAACACAUGAAAAUUGGGAUUGAGGAAGGAACUUCAAAGUGUGAAGAUUGUGGUAAAUCUUUGUCUGGCUGUGAUUGCCAAUCUAAGAAUAAUGAAAUACCUGGCCAGAUUUAUUGCUGCGAAGUAUGUGGAGAAUACUUUGAAACUGAUUUACGCUUGAUAGAACACAGUCGCUCACAUGUUGGUAAAGGAUACCACCACUGUUUAGACUGUGGGAAAUUCUUCUUAGCCAAAAAAUCAUUAAUGAAACACAUUCGUGUACACUUUGGUGAAGAACCUUACUGCUGUGAAAUUUGUGGUAAAACUUUUGCACAGUACGGUACCUUAACUCAGCAUAAAGUGUUGCACAACAACAGCGAGAAAGAAUAUGUGUGUAAAAUUUGUAGUAAAUCAUUCUCUGAAAGUUGUAAACUGUUGGAGCAUGGUAGAGUACACACAGGGGAAAAUGCCUAUGAGUGUAUAAUUUGUAGCCAAACAUUUAAUAAAAUGAGUAUUCUUGUGAAGCACAAGAAAACACACAUGGGCCACAGACCCUUCAGCUGUGAUGUGUGCGAUAAGUCAUUUUUGAAAAAGAAUCACUUAACAAGGCACCAAAGUUUACAUUCAAGGAAUACCUACAGCUGUUCCCUCUGUAAGAGAUCAUUUACUCGAAGAAAAUUCUUAACCAAUCAUAAAAGGCGAGUUCACUGAUGGUUUCUAUGGCUUUCCUUUACCUGAUCAUUCACCAAAAAAUGGUAUAGAUCAGUGGUUAUUUCAUUGGUUGCCUUUCAUAAUUUGGAUCUGCUUGAAACCACAAGUUGUCAGGUUUAUCUACACACAGUAAAAUGUUUUUUUUUUGUUUUUUUUUUUUUCAUUUUAUGAAGUGUGUAAUAAUUUUUUUUCCUUUUUCAGUAACUGUAUUACUUUUUCUUAUUAGUUCGGUUAUACAGCUUUAAAGACUUGUUGAAAGUUUUCCUGGAAAGAAAAAAAAAAAAAAAUGAAAAAUGCAUCACAAAGGUCGAGUUAGAACAAACUCAUUUUUAACACAGUCUGGGGUGUGCGUCUUUCUGAGAACUUAUUUGACCACAUACCACUGAGGAACCAUGUAACUGUAGAAGGAGUCACUUUUUGAUUAUGGAAGAAAAAGACAUUUUAGAUAUAUAUAUGGGAAUUUCUAUCGUUAAUUCUGUGUUCAAAGACUGAAAUAUCACAAUAUAUUAUACCUACACAACAAGACAUUUUAAAGUUUAUGAAUUAGACAAUCAAGUUCUUGUUUGGGGACAGAAAAAAGUACUUUUUUUCUUGUUUUGUUUUGUUUUUGCUCUAAUGUUUGUAAAUGCAUUAUACUUCAGUUGGUUUGAUUAAUAAUCUUUAUGAAGGAUUGUCAUGAUUUUAAUGUUCAUGAUGCCAUGCUUGCAUUGCAUGCAUAGGACAAUUUGUUGAUGUAGAUUUUCUAUGGCCAGAUGCUUUUCCUGUUGCUAACCCUCAUUUGUUUCCAAGCAAGCUAAUAUUUCCCUAUGAUUGGACAUGCUUCCCUGGGAGACUGCUUGAAUGAGAGUAUUGCUCAUUUAUAACCAUUGCGUGAUGCCAAGACAAUGACACACACACACACGACAGUGUUCUUUCGGUUUCUGCUUAUCAAAUCCACUCACAGGGCUUUGGUUGGUCCAUGGGAAGACACUUACCCUACGUGCCACACAUUGGGAUGGAACCCAAAACCAAGUGGCUUUGAAUCAAACUUCUUAACCACACACCCAUGCCUGUAUUUCUUAUUCUUUUACCUAAGUGUAACAUUCUUAUAGAUGUGUUUGUGUGUCAGUUUCCUGGUGAAUACAAAUGUUAUUAGCCUUAGAAACAAAGAUAUUUUGUUUCAAUCUAGUCUGGUAUAAUGUACACAUCAAGGUAUAAGACACCUGGUGAUGAUCAGAGAUCAGAUCGAUUGAAACAUACAAUAGAUGUAAAAGCAAACAAUGUUUCCUCUCUGGUAACGAGGCUAAUGACUAACUGAGACAAGUAAUUACUGCACUUUUAUGUUGAUGUCUCUAUUUCUAUCCUUGAUAUAAUAAAAAUGUUUGGUUCCUCUGGACCAUGAAAUAUAUCUAAUCAAAAAAAAUGAACCCACUGCUAAAUGAUUGAGAGUAGGUCUGGAUACAGUUGGUUAGCAAGAUUGUAAUAUCUUGUCAUGCUCUUAGCAUUCUACAAUGCUUACUAAAGCUUUUUUUUCUUAACCAUGCGAUCCACUUUUAUUCUUGUCUAUUCAAGGUUGACCUCACUCAGUUUUCAUAUAAUCAGAUAAACCUGCUCCAACUCAACCAAGAGUUGUAGGAUCUAACAUCUAUCCUAUCCAAGUUUAGUUCACCUAUCAAAGCAUGCUACAGCUUUUGCGACCAGAGGUAAGCACUAAAUGCUAAGUAGAGGCCAAAAAUGGAGAAAAUUACAAGUUCUUCUAAUGUUAAAAACUCUGGCUAUAGUAUUGAACAAAUGUAAAAAUGUAAUAUCACCUCUUACAAUGUAGCCAGUAGUUAAAAAGCUAAGAGAUGGUUGUAUUGUUGCUAGCCGUAUGAUCCUCAUCUAUGCAAACAGGGAAAGCAACAUAGACAGACCUUCCACAUGACAACCAUCUGCUCAGAAUGACAUGAAAUUUUGCUAAUGCUGUUUAUAUGUAAUAUGGAACCAUGAUGGAGAAUGGUAGAGUCAGUGAAGUGAAGAACACAACAAUACCUUGCAUUAUUUAGUUAUGUUCAUUUACAUACCAAAGCCAACUUUGUGUUUUCAUCUUUCCACUGUUAAAAUGAGCAGCAACUCAUUACUGAGGUCAAACAUCUCCCCUCAGAGUUUGAAACCUUUGAAUAUAUGGUAGAAAUCAGUAUUUGUAUUGGAACACAACUAUAUCAGUUGACUGCAGACAACCAUUUCUUCAUACAUUCUAAUCCAAUAUGACAAACAAUUCCACCAAUUCUUGUUUUACACUUAAAAUAACAGAAAAUCAUAGCAAAAAGGUAUGUUUUAUGAUUGUGACACAUCUUUGAAUGUACUAUUAAAGCUUCAACAAUACUCAGUAUAUCUUCUACUUUGAUUGAGAAAGCUCUUGUUAACUAUGUACUUAUUGAGGAAAUUGUUAAUAUAAUGUUAGAAAUCAAUCAUCCUCUGUUGAUCCAUAGGAUAAUGGCCGUGUCAUCACUUGGUGUUUGUACGUGAAUUGGAUUUAAGUGCAGGAACUUUGUGCAUCAUCGAACUCUCAUUCAAGUUGCAGUUUAGAGACAUUGUAGUAAAUCUGGAUACAGUGGGUUAGCAAGAUUUUUGUAAUAUCUUGUCAUGCUCUUAGUGCUCUACAAUGCUUACUGAAGCUUUUUCUGUUUUUUUAACCCAUGAAACCCACUGUUCUCGUAUGCUUGACUUACCUCAGUCUCCACAUGCUCAGAUAGACCUACUUGAACUCAACCAAGAGUCAUGCGAUUCAACAGCUACCCUCGCCAAGUUCAGUUCACUCAUCAAAACGUGUUACAGGUUCUGGGACCAGAGGUAAACACUAAAUGCUAAGUGGAAGCCAAAUGUGGAGAAAAAUACAAGCUCUUGCAAUCAUCAUCAUCGUUUAAUGUCCGUUCUCCAUGCUAGCAUGGGUUGGAUGGUUCAACCAGGGAUCUGGGAAGCCAGAAGGCUGCACCAGGCUCCGGUCUUAUCUGGCAAUGUUUCUGGAUAUAGUAUUGAAGAAAUGUAACAUUAUCAUCUCCUACAAUGUAGCCAGUGGUUAAAAAGUUAAGAGAUGGUUAUAUUAUUGCUAGCCAUAUAAACAAUUCUUCAUCUAUGCAAACAAGGAAAGCAACAUAGACAGCCCUUCAUCCCUCCUUAAUUUUAACCUUCCACAUGAUGAUCAUAACUGAAUCAUUUCCCUGAGAAUUCUAAAUCAUUCAACCAAUUCCUGUUCAUGGUAUUGUAGUAUAAAUGACUGAAUAUUAAUUCCAUGGAGACUUGUACAUUUUACAUAAUCAUCCGUAUGAGAUAGCUAGCUGUUUGAAUUACCAAUACAAUACCUCAAAUGGACUGCGGCACAUUUUCCAUGUACCCAAUUUUACUCGUUCUUGGGUCAAUUCAAUUCUUCUAUGGGUACAAAAAAAUGCUUGCCUAAUUUUCUGUGCAGUGAGAUCAAACAAAGAACCACACAGCAAGUGUCCAAACAAAUACACAUAAACUGACUUCAAUACAUCCUCUUGCAGGUACAUGAUAAUUUAGUCUCCUUUAACAGUACCAAUGUGUGCCAUGUUCUAAAAGAAAAAAAAAACUGAUAUUCGGUUAUAUCCUGUUACAUCUGUAAAUAAAGUUCUAAGUUAUAUU